UGAUGUGGCUCCUUAUCUGGAAGCUCAACCUUGGCUUCAUCGGCGCCCCUAUAUCAGUUGUCAUCACGCGAACGCUGCUGCCUUUGUUCCUGAUCCUGUACGUCAGAGUCGUCGACGGCUCCCAAUGCUGGGACGGGCUUAGCUGGAGGGCGUUUGCCAACAUGGGAGUGGUGUUCCGACUCGCCAUACCAGGGAUGAUCAUGGUAGAGGCCGAAUGGCUUGCUUUCGAGAUCAUGACCAUCAUCUCGGCCCGGUUUGGAACAGAGUAUCUCGCGGCGCAGAGCAUCCUGAUCACCCUCACCACGCUCGCGUAUCAGAUUCCCUUUCCCCUGUCGAUCGCCGCCUCUACCAGAGUGGCUGGCUUGAUUGGCGCUGGACAGGUCGACAAUGCAAAAGUGGCAGCUCGGGUGGCGGUGGUGGCGUCCUUGUUGUGUACCCUUGUGAACUGCGUCGUCUACAUCACCUUUCGAGCCCAGCUACCACGCAUAUUCACCAACGACGAGGAGGUGGGCGCGAUCGUCGCCUCGACAAUGCUGCUUGCGGGAGCCUCGACCUUCUUUGACGGCUUGGGCGUGGCGGCUCAUGGGUUGCUACGAGGCAUUGGCAAACAAUCCAUCGGCGGAGUGGCUAACCUCAUCGCAUACUACGUCGUUUCGUUGCCCCUGUCGCUCUGGUUCAGCAUUGGGCUUCACGGGAAGAUUGACGGCUUGUGGGCGGGUUCUACCAUUGGGCUUGUGGUCGUAUCCAUGAUUGAGUAUACGUAUCUACUCACGACAAAUUGGCACCGAGCUGUCGAAGAGGCAAUUGCUAGAAGGGCCAUAGGAUGAUGUCUCGUUGCGUACAGGCAGCGUGGCAGUGGGCAAAUGCUGGGGGACGCACAAGUAAUACAGUGAAGAC